GGUUGGAAGAUGUUGUGCUCUGUGUUCUCUCUGACGUUAGGUAUCCUCAGUAGUUUGCUGUAUCAGGAUGUCAGCGGCGUCAGGCUCCCGCUCAUCGACGACAGCGAGUCCAACAGAAUCCCAACCGCAAUAUUCUCAGAGAACAAUCAGGACGUUCCCCGCAGUCUAGAAAUGGAGGAGCUCUCUUUUAACGUGGUUCCGACCAGCGGCAGAGCCAGUUCCCCCACCAUCCUGCGACUGCACCCGAUAUCGGCCAAGCCGUCUCACCUGCACGCCAACCUGCCGCUGCGCUUCGGCCGGGAAGUGUUCAUCCAGAGAACGCCCAAAUCCGCCAUCAACCUGCCGCAGAGGUUCGGCCGCUCCCAGGACCCGGACCCCUCCUCCGGCCAGCUCUGCACCGAGUGCCGGCGAGCCGAGUCCCCGCCCUCCGCCACCUUACCGCAGAGAUUCGGCCGGAGGAACAUCUUCAUAGGGGAUCCGUUCCGUGCCCUGGCCCUGUUCACAAGAACCCUAGAGUCACCAGUUCCCAGAGGCAGGACAGAAGACUACGACUACAUGUUAGGAACGAUACAGGAAGAGGACAAAGCCUUAAAGAGUAGAAAAUUCACUGAUGUAGAGUAAAAUUAAGAAUUUUACAUCCCUGUAAAAUGCGAGAGUCUGUUUAAUGAUGUUUCUUCCAUUCUGAGUGUUCCUGUAUCUGUACUGUCUGCUUGUAUUCUGAUUUUCUGUGAGAUAAAUAAGCAAUUUUGAUCAUUUCUGCUGGUGUGAGCAGAUAUUUAGCAAUCAUUUUUAGUGCGAGUCGGCUCCGUGGAUGGCUCUGUAACAAUAACAUUGAUAACAAAUAAUCAGUACAUAAAAAUAACAAUAAACAAUACAUGUAAAUAAAAUUGAAUCUGAAAUGU